AUCAUCAACAUUCGCCGAGGACGCAUGGCGAUGUAGCUGUCAAAAAUAUAAUAAAAAAAAACAGGAUGCUGACGGAUUUAGCGUGGUUUUCGGACAUUUAACGUGACCUUUGAGACUGCCGGGGCCUCGAACCUCAUGGUUUAGUCCUUCACUCGCGUACCUUUUGUUUUUAAAUUCUUGUCGGCUGCUAGCGAGCCUGCUAAACAUCAAAAUGCUCUCUGUGAAGGUCGGCUGUUUGGCUGCGUCGAGAGCUGUCAGCUCAAGAAGGAUAAUCUGUCCUGACUAUAUUAAAGUAUGGGGUUGCUGUCAUGUUGGUAACUCUGUGAGUCAAAUUCGUUUCUGUCAAACAGCAGGCGCGUCACAAGAGACCGCAGUUAUUCGUAUCCCUCGCUACAUGCAGAAGCGGGUUGACAACGUGAAACAGACUCGAGGGAAAAACAAGAUCACCACCAUCAAAGCUGGCAAGAUCCUGAUCGAGAGCAAGAAUCCCAGUCUGAACCAGUCUGCAGGAUAUACACUUGGAAAGUUUGAGCAGCCCAUUCUCUGCUCGAAAGGAUGGAAACACAACAGAUCAUUCGGCGACUAUUUCACGAUCAACAACAUCAAGGCGGUUGCACCUUUUGUUGCGGAAAAUCACAAAGAGGACAUCGAACAGGAAACGUCGUUUGAUAACCUCCGCAUUUGCAAGGAGCUUGUGGAAGCUUUGCACAAGAUCAACAUUACUUGUCCCACCACUGUACAGCUGCAGACCAUCCCAAAGGUUAUGAAAGGUCACAACAUUCUCUGUGCUGCAGAGACGGGCAGUGGGAAAACACUGAGUUACCUCCUGCCUGUUGUUCACAGACUACAGGCUGAGAAGGAGUCGAAGAUGUAUGACGAGAGCACACACAAGAUUCACACUUUAGUUCUUGUGCCUUCCAGAGAGCUGGCCGAUCAAGUGGCGGCUGUUUCCAGGACUCUGUGUGCUCCAUUUGGCUUUCUUACAAAGACUGUGGGUGGUGGCCGAGGUGUAGGACACAUCAAGAUGAUCUUUAAGGGGAAUCAGCCGGAUAUUUUAGUAGCUACACCAGGUGCUCUGGUGAAGGCCCUGCGAAGACACUGCCUGGACUUGAGUGAGCUGAGCUUCUUCGUGGUAGAUGAGGCCGACACCAUGUUCGACCCCAGCUUUUCUGAUAUGCUGGAGGACAUCUUGCUCCACACAAACAUCGCCAAUAAUCCCAAGGAAACACGAGGCCCGGGGCAUAAGACCCAGCUUCUGGUAGUUGGGGCCACCUUUCCUGGUGGUGUUGGGGAAGUGCUUAGCCAGGUGACAGACCUUGGCAGCAUGGUGGUUAUCAAGAGCAAGAUGUUGCACUUCCUAAUGCCCCACGUCAAGCAGACAUUCCUGAAGGUAAAGGGUGGGGAUAAGAUCCUGGAACUUUUCCAAGCCCUGAAGCUACUCCAACAGGAGAGAGGAGGGGGUGCCAUUUUGGUGUUCUGCAACAAGUCUGCCACCGUUAACUGGCUGGGGUACUCACUGGAGGAGAUGGGGGUGCAGCAUGCACGACUGCAGGGGGAGAUGCCUGCAGCUGUGCGCGCAGGCAUCUUCCGUUCCUUCCAGAAGGGCUUGAUAGAUGUGCUGAUAUGCACAGACGUUGCCUCACGUGGCCUGGACACAAGCCGAGUGCGCUUGGUUGUCAACUAUGACUGUCCAGAAUCCCACACGGACUACAUCCACAGAGCAGGGAGAGUGGGGAGGGCAGGAAGUGUGGAGGAUGGUGAGGUGCUCACCUUUGUCUGUCAUCCUUGGGAGGUGGAGCUCGUGCAGAAGAUUGAAACUGCUGCACGUAGAAGAACUAGUCUGCCAGGGAUGGAAUCUGAUAUACAUGUGCCAAAACCCAAAGUUGAAAAUGCUGAGGGCUAGAAGUGUUUCUGUAUGUUUGCAAUUGGGAAAGCAGCCUGUGGGGUGUGUUAUUGUAUGUGUAGUGGUGGGAUGACAAACUCUGAAACUACAAAAUAUUUUCAGAAGAAACAAUAAGCAAGAUUUGUUCAAAACAAUUACAGUCAGCUGUUUUUCUAUGUAUUAUAAUACUUUUUUGUCCAGUUUUGGUUGAUGUUAUGGGGAAUAAAUCUUUUGCUAACUUUUUUAUCACA